AAAGAACAUUUACGAUAAACAACAGUGCUAGGGCAGUCUUAAGUGUAUAAAACAGAUUCGGUGGUUGCUCAUCGGCCGUUUUGCUAAAAAAAUAAUAAAAUAAAUAGGAAAAUUCCGACCGGCGGCGAAUAUACUUCCAGAAGCUACGACGGAUCGUUACUCAAUGCUAUCCGGCGGUUACUCCUCCGCCGACAUCUGGAGUGCUCCUCCCGGCGUUAAUGCUGCCGCCGAUCCUCUCUCUGCCUACAAACGUGUCUCCGCUGAAGCACUCUAUCAUCAGACUGUUCUGGGUGCUUAUAAUACAACUGGUCAAAGUGAUGCCUGGUAUACUGCUAGUUCUUUAGCCAAGCGCCCUAGAUUCGACAAUGCAAUCAAUUUGCCAAUAUAUCCGCAGAGGCCAGGGGAGAAGGAUUGUGCCCAUUAUAUGCAAACGAGAACCUGUAAGUUUGGAGAUACCUGCAUGUUUGACCAUCCUCUUUGGGUUCCUGAAGGCGGAAUCCCAGACUGGAAAGAGGUUCCCCUUAAUGUUACAAGUGAAACUCUUCCUGAGAGACCUGGAUUUCCUGAUUGUCCAUACUUUCUGAAAACCCAGAGAUGCAAAUUUGGUCCCAGGUGCAAAUUCAAUCACCCACAAGAUAAAAUAGCUCCUUUGGCUGCUCUAGGGAGUGCUGAUGUCUCUGUUUUACCUGAGAGGCCAUCCGAGCCCCCAUGUGCAUUCUAUACAAAGACUGGGACAUGUAAAUUUGGAGCAACAUGCAAAUUCCAUCAUCCAAAAGAUAUUGUAAUUCCAUCAGCUGGACUAGAUAAUACUGGGGCAGUUGUGAGUGCUGCUGGAGAUGUUGCAACUGCGAAGCCAGUUUUUUCCCCUGCAUUAUUGCACAACUCCAAAGGUCUUCCUAUCAGACUGGGUGAAGUAGAUUGCCCGUUCUACCUGAAAACUGGCAGUUGCAAAUAUGGUGCUACUUGUCGCUAUAACCAUCCCGAAAGAUAUGCAAUCAAUCCACCUGCCGCUGCUGCUGCUUUUGUAGCCCCAGCUUCUCACUUUAAUAUUGGUUUUAACCCUUCUGCAUCAUAUAUACAAACUGUUGACCCUAGGUUGACUCAAGCUACGCUUGGAAUGGGUUCAACUAUCUAUCCCCAGCGACCUGGACAAAUUGCAUGCGAUUUUUAUAUGAAAAGUGGAGCGUGCAUGUUUGGGGAGACAUGUAAAUAUCAUCAUCCUAUUGAUCGGUUGACGCAUGCACAAUCUGAAGCCCAGCAACCAAAUGUUAAUCUGACUCUUGCAGGGCUACCCAGGAGAGAGGGUGCUAUUAACUGUCCGUAUUACAUGAAGACCGGUGCGUGCAAGUAUGGUGUUGCAUGCAAAUUUGACCACCCACCUGCUGGUGAGGUCAUGUCUACCAAAUCUGAAGGGACAUCGGCUGUCUGAGUGCAAGAUGGAGAAACUUUUAACUUCAUGGCAGCGUAGCCGAUUGUUGCAGUUAGUUAAUAGGACUCCUGGUUUUUUUAAAGCGGAGCUCUCCUUCAGCAUAUAUUUGAUACUGGGUCGACAUCUGUGUUAAAGAUAUUUAUCCUGUAUAGCUGGUGCAAUUGCCCAGCUUAUUGUUUCUUCUGUAUGUUAUGUCAAGACUGUUUCUAGUAUUUUAUUUCAAUACUGAUUAUAUCGGGGUGUUGAUUCUUCAA